UUGACAAUCAAUUUUUAUUCUAUAGUUUCAAAUCGUUUUCUUUCUAUUUUUUUUUUCUUCCAUUUGCACGUUUUGUCCUUGAAAUGGCUAUUUCUUUGAUUUUUUUGACCCUUUCUAUAUCAAAUUGGUCAAGACUGCAACACUAGCUCAACCCCAUCAUCCACUAGGCUGGGCUGCGUAUAUAUCUAAUAACCCAACUAAUAAGACUUUUUUCAUUUAAUAGAACAAAUUUCUCUUCCUAACUCUAUCUAUAUAAUCAUCACACAUCCAAUAGAAUUAAGCAAAACACAAAACUAAAAAGAUGGGUGAGAUGAUUAAAGCCAGACGCAUACUACUCUUCUCCAUCUUAUUGCUCUUCUUCUUCUCUCAGACCUUUCUUUUGUGUUCAGCUGAUGAGCAUGGCUCAAGGAACCUCGCAGUGGUGAUGAAGAAACGGGUGAAAUACAGAGGACCUCGCAACACAACAAGCCCCUCGGCUUCAGCUAUGAUGUUGCCAAGUUCCUUCUAUAUUGGUGCUGCUUCUUCUUGCCUGCUCGCUCUUCUUUUGUAAGCUCCGUUGUAGUGAUCGUGAUUUUACUGUUUCACAAUGACUUAUGUAAAAAAAAAGUUAUUCCAUAUGAUUGAUUUUGUAUGUAAAAAAAUCAAAUAGUCAAAAACUCUGUUUUGUAUUUAUUUGCUCUGUUUCAAGAUUGUGAAAGAUAAAGAAUUGUAUUACAAAUUUACGACUUUCAAACAUGGACGGCAUUGACAAUGAAUA